AUGCCGCCUCUGCAGCCUGCCUCCAUCACGGCUCUCCGGACGCAGUCGGAGCCCUUAUCGUUCGCCAUUGCCCCCGCCAUUUCCUCGGAUGCCUUCAAAUCAGCCCACACACGCGAUCUCCCUCACGCAAAGCGAUGGGAUGACCAUUGGAGUAUCGAAAGCCGAGGCUUCGAAGGUUCAGCGUUGAAAAGGUCCGCGAUCCAGCCCAGUGACCGCAAGGUCAUCUCCCUGGGCACCGGACGACCCACAGCAGAUUACUAUCCAUGGGACUCUAUGACAACCGAGUCGAUGCCGCCGACGCUGGCCGGUAAGUCUUCCAGCCAUCAGACUACAAUAGACAAGUACACGGACACGUUCAAUCUAGCCAACGGCCUCAACUACGGCAGCGGGAUAGGCUCCCCUCAUCUACUCCGAUUCGUCACAGAACACGUGGAGAUGAUGCAUCAACCGCGGUACUCAGACUGGGCUGUAUGUCUUUCGUGCGGCUCUACAUCUGCCCUUGACAUCAUAUACCGUAUCUUCUGCAACCGAGGAGACACCAUUCUCACCGAGUGUUAUACCUACCCUGGCGCCGUGGAAGGAGCAGGCCUGCAGGGUAUUCAAGUUCAGGGCGUGUGUAUGGAUUCAGAAGGACUGCACCCGGAUGGCUUAGACGACAUAUUACGAAACUGGGAUACCUCUCUAGCUUCAAAGCCCCGUGUCCUAUACACGAUUCCCACCGGGCAAAACCCCACUGGGGUCACUCAGAGUGUGGCUAGACGGGAACAGAUCUAUCAGAUUGCGGAAACGCACGACCUGAUGAUCAUCGAAGAUGACCCAUACUACUAUCUACGUCUGGGCAUGCAGUCUGAUGACAAACCUGAUGGGCAAGGUAAUGGGGGUGAUAGCGUGCUCACCGCGAUCGACAGGUUUCAGGCGCAGGCAGUCCCGUCAUAUCUCUCGAUCGAUCGAUCCGGUCGCGUCGUCCGCUUAGACUCAACAUCCAAGAUUCUGGCGCCUGGACUCCGUGCCGGGUGGGUGACAGCAUCAUCGCAGGUCAUCAACAAGUUCGUGCUCAUGCUCUGGAAGUUGCUCGAUGAGACGUGGGGUCAUGAAGGCUUUUUAUUGUGGUUGUCUGACCUCUCACGGCGGUAUCAGUCGCGUCGUGAUAUUUUGUUGCGGGCAUGCGAGAAGUAUCUUCCUCGCGGACUUGUGUCUUGGAAUUGUCCCCAAUAUGGGAUGUUUCUUUGGCUGGAGCUGGAUUACCGCCAGCAUCCUCUGCUUCGCCACCAUACGACAAUCCAAUCUGAUGUGAAGACUUUCCUGGUCCAGGUGGAAAGUCGGAUUGUGUUGAAGGCUCUGGAACACGGGGUGCAGGUCACGAAGGGGUCAUUAUUCUCGCCUAGCCCAGAGUGCCGACGUAUGCUCUAUAUCCGAUUGACUGAAGGCGUCAAGCUUUUGUCAGAUGUAUUGCGGGAGGAGUUUUCGUUGGAAGCCGAUAUGGUGUAG